UUCAUAAUGGCCCUCCAAGGGAAACCAUAACGACAAUGUGGCCCGCGACAAUAAUGAGUUUGACACCACUGUUUUAAAAGGUUUUAGAUGUCUAUAUUGCAACAUAAACUCUUGCUAAUGAGCCCGACCUAGAAGCUACUGUGCUCAUACUGAAUUUAGCAGUUUGUUUUUCAUGGUGAGAGGCAAUAAAUGAUCAAAUGUGCACAUGAGCAAAGCCGGGCCAUCGCUUGUCUUUUAGGUCAUUUGAGCUUGCCCUGCAAUGUGUCCGCGUGUGUGUAUUGGUGUGUGUGACAGCAGCUGCACGUUGUUUGGAAUCUGACUUCAGCCCUUGGCGUCACUUGUCAGUCUCAGCCCAAAAUAACCCAAAGGCAGCACGACGCGAGGCUGCCAGCGUCCCGGUGACUGGACACAACGUUCACCUUCUCUCAUGCUGAUUUGCAAACAAAAAGCGCUAUCGUAGGAUGAGUCGCCCCGGUGAAUGACUUGGUUCGGCCGUGAGUUCCCUCUUCUUCUUGAUUUAUUUCCUCGCCGUUGAGAAUGGUGCGCAACGUGGACGACCUUGACUUCUGCCUGCCGUCGCACCCGCAGACCAUACUGGAGGGCCUUCGCACUCUGUGCUCUCAGCCCAAGAUGGUGGACGUGACGCUGAGCGCCGGGGGCCGUGACUUCCCGUGCCACCGCGGGGUCCUGGCCCUCUGCAGCGCCUACUUCGGAAGCAUGUUCUCGGGUGACUUCGUCGAGAGCAUCGCGGCCCGUGUGGAGCUCCAAGAAGUCGACCCGGAUAUACUGGGCUGUCUGCUGGACUUCGCCUACACGGGCAAGCUGACCAUCAACCAGAGCAACGUGGAGGGUCUGAUCCGCACUUCCAGCCGACUGCAGUUCCAGACGGUCCGCGCUGUGUGCACGCGCUACCUCCAGCAUCAGAUCGACGCUACCAAUUGCCUGGGCAUCCUGGAGUUCGGCGAGAUCCACGGUUGCCCUGAGGUGGUGGCCAAGGCGCGGGCCUUCCUCUUAGAGAACUUUGAGGCCAUCCAGAUGAGCGAGGAGUUCUUACUCCAGGAGAAAGACCGCCUGGUCUCCUGCCUGAGCCACGACGGCCUGCAGAUCCGAUGCGAGCGUACCCGCGUGGAGGCCGUGCUCAGGUGGGUCGGGCACUGGAAGGAGCCACGUUUGGCCCAUAUGCCGGAGCUUCUGGGCCGGUGCAGACUGGAGCUGCUCGAUCGGGAUUACCUGAGGGGGACGCUGAUGCAGGACCCUCUGGUGCAAUCCUCGGACGGCUGCAGGGAGGCGUUGGAGAAGGUCCACAUGGAGACAAUGCAUUUGGCUCCGGAGUGCGCGGGCACUGCGGACGGCCAAAGUCCACAGCCCAACCUGCAGGAAGUGCUCUUCGUCAUGGGUGGUCGCUCCCUGGAUGACGACUCCGACGACGAUUCGGACGACGAAGAUAGCGAGCGAGCGAGAGAGCGCAGAGCUCAGCCCAGGAACUGCGCCUUUUACAACACCAAGACAAAACAGUGGCAUGAGCUCCCGAAUUUCCCCAACCCCAACAAAUGGGGCUUUUCUAUGGUGUCGCUGAAUAAUGACGUCUACGUCACAGGCGGCUCGCGGGGCUCCAACACCAACACCUGGUCCACCACGGAGACAUGGAAGUACAUCACCAAGGAGGGGCGCUGGGUCACGGUGGCGCCCAUGCUCCGACCUCGCACCAAUCACUCAUCGGCCACGCUCAACGGAGAGAUUUACGUCAUUGGAGGUACGACGUUGACCCGCGUGGAGGUGGAGCGUUACGACCCGUACCACAACACCUGGACCGCUACGUGUCCCGCCGUCAAGUACGUGACCAAUUUCACGUGUACGGCGUGCCAGGGAAAGCUCUACGUUAUCGGCUCCUGUGCCGUCAAGUACAACCCUUUGACCAUGCAGUGCUACAACCCCGUCAUAGAUAGCUGGAUGAGUAUCUGCUCCCCAUUCAUCCCCAAGUACCUUUCAUCUCCUCGCUCGGUGUGCAUGGAGGGAAACAUCUACCUGCUGGCCGACAACACCAAGAAAGUCUACUCCUACGACCCCGAUGCCAACAUGUGGCAGAAGAUCCAACUGCUCCACAUGCUGCACGAGAACGGCGGACUGGUGUCGCUGGACGGGAGGCUGUACGUGACGGGUGGCCACUGGAAGGGCAUGGAGGGUGACUACGGCGUGGAGGUGGAGGUGUACAACCGGGCCUCCGACACCUGGGAGGUGGAGGGGGUUCUGCCCAGACUCUGGUUCUACAGCGGCGUAUCCACCAUCUUCCUCGACCCCUCCAACUGGCCUCACAUCUUCCCCGCAGACGACACGUAGGUGAUGUCACGUGAUGGGUGGAGGAGCGAGAGCUUUGUGGUUGUUUAGUUACACGCAGUGGCGCCUGGACAAAUGCACCAACUUUAUGAUUUUUUUUCCAGUGACGAACAGUCGCUUGGUCCAUUUUUGGCUUUGCGUGUGUCGGACACGCUGCCGCUUGAAGCAAUACUAGGCACUGUUAUGCCCUCGCAUGUGGGCAAGGAGAGCCAAAGUUGCCAAUGCACUUUCAGCUAUUUGCUCAACAGGAGAAACAAGUCAAAACAAACAAUUGAUUUUUUUUUAAUACAGCUUAAUUCUUCUACAAUUAUGACUUUAUCCUUGUAAGGUUGUACUUUUUU